AUGCAAAUGCAAUCUGAAAAAUUCCCCGAGUUGAAGCUUCCGUGGCUUUUGACUACUCUUAUUGAGCUCCUUUAUCAAUCUGGGGGCCGGAGGACUGAAGGGCUGUUUCGAGUUGCCGGGGAUCCAGAACAACUUGCAACAGCUCGAGGACAACUGGACGGUUGGCUCGCCCCAAAAAUGCACGACGCAAAUGUGCCGGCGGGACUUUUAAAACUAUGGCUCCGCCAGCUUCCCGUUCCAUUAAUUCUUCCGACUCUCUAUCAAAGAGCGCUGGUCGCUGCAGAAAAUCCUGCUGAAGCAAUACGAUUAGUCGAUUUAUUACCAGAAAUUAAUCGAUUAGUACUUGUGCGAGUAAUUGCAUUACUACAGGAUUUAAGUCGAGAAGAAGUUGUUGCAAAAACUAAAAUGGAUACUUCUAAUUUGGCAAUGGUUAUUGCUCCGAAUAUUUUGAGGUGUGAAAAAUUUGUGAAUAUCUGGGAAAACACUGCAACUUUUUCCUCACGAGGGACGAGGAAAAGUGGUUUCUAG